CUUCGUUAUCCGGAACUGUGUUGUACUUUACCAGUUAGUUCCACGGAACGAAAAUACCAGUGUAGCCUUUUCCGCCUUGCUGCCUGGCACGCGCACAUGUGUUUGAGACAUUUUCUUAAAAUGCCAAAAGCACCUAAAGCACUCAAAGGUAAAGGGGCAGUGGAGAAGAAAGUUGUGCACCCAUACAGCAGAAAAGCUGCUCAGAUGGCAAGAGAGGUAACCAAACAGGAAAAAAAAGAAAGGAAAAAGAAUGAGAAAGCUAUACGUCUAAGUUCUACAGGUGAAAAACUGCUUUGGUUUCAGAGCCAACUUGAUCCCAGCAAAACUGAGUAUAGUAAGAAAAAAGCAUGUGCAAUUAUAGAAAGGUAUUUGCAUCGAUUUGACAGUGAGCUGGAACAGAUAGAAUUAGUGAAUGGCAUUAAAGGCAGGCAAGGAAGACAGCACAGCUCCCGAGAGAAUGUCAUCAAACAGACCAUUGAACGGGAGAGAAUGCAGUAUGAGGGAUAUGGAAUAGAAAUUCCAGAAAUUAUGAAUGGUAAACAUCUUAAAAUGUUCAGGGAAUGGAAUGGAGAUCUGAAAAAGCUGCCAAAUAUUAAAAUAAAGACAGUUUCAUCAAAGGGUUUGGAUUCCACAAAGAAAGACUGUAAAAACGGAAUUGAAGAAGGGCAAAAUGAGAACAUGGAGAGUUUAACAGCACAGUCUGAUGAUGAUGAUGAUGAUGAUGAUGAUGAUGAUGGUGAUGAUGAAGUGUCCGAAGAACCUGAAUCGGAGAUGCUGGCAGAUCUCAAACAACCAUGAGUAAUUUGCUGGGACAUCAGUUAAUUCUGUUUUGGAACAGGAAAUUCAAGAAAAUGUAGAUUUUAUUUCUACAACAUUUGUGUAAAACAUCAAAUGAAAAUAUUUUGGAGGAAACAAUUUCUUUUUAAUAACUGGAAAGGCUAUGUUAAAUAACUUUGGUGGGCAGUAGGCCUUGUAAUUACUACUUUGUACAGUUAAAGGGUAUACAGUGCCUUGCAAAAGUAUUCAGACCCCUGACCAAUUCUCUCAUAUUACUGAAUUACAAAUGGUACAUUGACAUUUCGUUCUGUUUGAUAUUUUAUUUUAAAACACUGAAACUCAAAAUCAAUUAUUGUAAGGUGACAUUGGUUUUAUGUUGGGAAAUAUUUUUAAGAAAAAUAAAAAACUGAAAUAUCUUGCUUGCAUAAGUAUUCAACCCCCACGCAUUAAUAUUUGGUAGAGCCACCUUUCGCUGCAAUAACAGCUUUAAGUCUUUUGGGGUAAGUAUGUACCAGCUUUGCACACAGUGUCAGAGUGAUUUUGGCCCAUUCUUCUUGGCAGAUUUGCUCCAUGUUGUUCAGGUUGGUUGUACGACGCUUGUGGACCGCAAUUUUCAAAUAGUGCCACAGUUUCUCAAUGGGAUUGAGAUCAGGACUUUGACUGGGCCACUGUAGGACAUUCACCUUUUUGUUCUUGAGCCACUCCAAUGUUGCUUUGGCCUUGUGCUUGGGAUCAUUGUCCUGCUGAAAGGUGAAUUUCCUCCCAAGCUACAGUUUUUUAGCGGACUGAAGCAGGUUCUCUUGCAGUAUUUCCCUGUAUUUUGCUCCAUCCAUUCUUCCUUCAACUUUAACAAGAUGCUCAGUCCCUGCUGAUGAGAAGCAUCCCCACAGCAUGAUGCUGCCACCACCAUACUUCACUGUAGGGAUUGUGUGUCUUGAGGCAUGGGCAGUGUUAGGUUUGCGCCACACAUAGCGCUUUGAGUUUUGGCCAAAAAGCUCUAUCUUGGUCUCAUCUGACCACAAAACCUUUUCCCACAUCGCAGCUGGGUCACUCUCAUGCUUUCUGGCAAACUCCAGAUGUGCUUUCAGAUCGUACUUUUUGAGAAACGGCUUCUUUCUUGCCACCCUCCCAUACAGGCCAGUGUUAUGCAGAGCUCUUGAUAUGGUUGACUGGUGCACCAUUACACCACUCCCAGCCACUGAACUCUGUAGCUCCUUCAAAGUGCAAUUUAUGCAUUUGUAUUACUUUAUCUCUAACUUCUGUAGAAUGCUCUUUGGUCUUCAUUUUCCUUCAGAUUCACAGCCUGACCAAUGAUCUUUCAACAGUGGGGUUUUUAUCCAGAAAAUGUGACAGCAACUUUAAUGGUUCACAGGUGGAGGCCAAUGGUAAGGUAAUUGUGUCCUCAUUAGGGCAAUUUCUUUCAUCGGUGUAAACUGGGAGUUUCCACUGAACGGGAUGAAUACUUAUGCAAGCAAGAUAUUUCAGUUUUUUAUUUUUCUUAAAAAUAUUUCCCAACAUAAAACCAAUGACACCUUACAAUAAUUGAUUUUGAGUUUCAGUGUUUUAAAAUAAAAUAUCAAACAUAACGAAAUGUCAAUGUACCAUUUGUAAUUCAGUAAUAUGAGAGAAUUGGUCAGGGGUCUGAAUACUUUUGCAAGGCACUGUAUAAGGACCUUUUAUUUUAUUGUGUUACAUAUUCCCAUGUGUUGCUACAAAUGUUUAAGUAAGGUGUGUAUAUUGUUUUAAUUAUUAUUUUACAUAUUGACCAUUUUUUUCCACUUUUAAAUACCAGUUAAAAUUUAUUUAAAAUAAGAAACACGUCAUUAAACAACAUGGACUGACAAUAAUAAAAAAUGAGUCGCAUAUAUUUUGGAAUUACAUAAGAAAUGCAAGUACUAAUACCAAGCAUGCCUUCACACUUCAGCGCUAAGCUGCUGAUUCAUAUGAUGUAUUCCUUGUUGAACAGUAAACAGGUUGGCUACCAGAACAUUUGAGAAUUCAUUUCAAUUGCUGUACUUUGAAUAAAUUUGCUUUGCACAAAUGAUUAAAAUCAGUCUUGUUAUAGUGUU